UCAUAGUUUUGUUCAGAAAAAAAAAGUAUGGAGACAUUCAUACCCAGUGUUUUGACAACAGUAAAUCAAGACAGGAAAAAGGAGAAAAGAAAGACAGAACCAAGCCUUUUAAAAUAUGAAGAAGGGCAAAAUUACGAAGAUAACGUAUCAUUGAGGCAUCAACCGGCAGAAGAGGAGACAUUGAACUAUAACACAUUUAGAACCAACUCUGUACCCUUGAAGUCAGAGAAAACAGAAGAUUACCUUCAAGAAAGUAGAACUCAACGAGAUGCUCCAGAACCAGUUCCCUGUAAGAAGAAAGAGAAUUCCAAGGAAAAGGAUCAAACUCAUGCUUGUCCAAAAGUUAGGAAGAAAAGGCUUGCGUCAUAUGAUAGAACAGUUCCAAAGGAUGAUGAUGUGAUAAGACAUAUUAUUAGGUUAAGAGAAAAGCUUGGUUGGCAAACUGUAUUACCACAACGCAAUUUGGAAUACAGAUGUUUCAAAACUGCAACUCAGAAGAUAAUUCUAAAGAAACCUUUGAAAGAUGAUGGAGAAUUUGUAUAUUGCCUCCCUCGGAAAAAUUCUAAAGUUCUUUAUAAUCCGUAUGAUCUUCGGGUGGUCUCUGCCCACAGGGCUAGACAUUGCAAAGAAUUUUGGAUUGUUACUGCUUCAUUUAUCUCAAAGGUUACUAAAACAGGUGGUGUAGAAGAAACAGAACUUGUACCUUCUUUGGAAUGGCUACACGAAAGACGAUGUUACUAUUUAUUACAGCAAUUCAAGAUAUUUUCCCAUUUUCGAAUUAAUAAGUCAUUUGUUACUUGGAAAUUGACUGUUAAAAGAAUUAAGACAGAGAAGAGCAGGUCAUUUUUGUAUAGCCAUCUUUUUUGGGCUGACGAGUUAUUUCAAGGCUGUUUGCUUUAUAUAAAGGGACUCUAUGAAGAUGCAAUUAGUCUCAAAAAAGGUCAUGAAGAUAAUCCAUCUGCCAUAUGCCUUGUCAAGCUGGAUAAGUCUCGAACAUAUUCUCUAGAUGAAUUUUGUGAAGAACAGUUACAGCAGACUACACAGGCACUGAAACAACUUGAAGAUAUCAGGGAUAAAGCAAUUUCAGAAAUAAAAAUUACAAUUUUAAAGGUGGCAGAAAAGAAAGAAAUUAAAGAAUAUUUUGAGUUAAACCUCAGUGAAGACGUAACGCAUUUCAAACUGCCUACAUAUCGACAUUUAUUAGAAGUAAUUUUCAGGUUUCUGAUACUGGUUGACCAUAUAUUUCUGGAACUCAUCCGUCAACUAAUGAACACUGCAGUCACACAACUUUUAGAAUUAUUUACUAAUUCUGCUGUAAUGCCAUUUUCGGUGGAAAAAAAGAAUGAACAUCUGAUACACAAAGACAUCUUUGCUUUCACUCAAAACAUAACAAAUGAUUAUGAAGAAUUUGAUAAUUCGAACCUACAUACUUCUGUUCUGAAGUCAGAAGUGAAAAUAGAAGCUGAUCAGAUUUUGAAUAGUAUGAAAAUGGAUAAGGAUGUGAGAAAAAUGUAUGCACCAGUAUUUGAAGUAAAUAUACGGUUGAGAAUUCCUGCUGAGAGUGAUUCUUCAGAAAGUUCUGAAGAGAGCUUACAUGAAUCUGACAAGUGCUCUGAAAAAUCUGCGAUGUAUGAAGAAGAAAUAUCAGAAAAUGAAGUCAAUUUUGCCAUUGAACACUCAAGUGAAGAAUUGCUUCCAGUCACGAAACUGAAAAAAUAUAGUUCCAACCUUGAAAUUCUUUCAGAUGUAGACAUCGCAACUGAGUUUGAGAAAAAGUACAUGCAUGAUGGAGUUUUAGAAUUCCCUACAACCCUCUUCAUAAGUCCCAACAGAUUGGAGUUUUCAGUAAAAAUUCAAAAUAUGAUAACUGAUAUAGAAAAAUGUAUAACCAAAAUUAUUCCUCUUUGCCAAGACCCUCGCCUAUCUAACUUUAUCGAUUUGGCUUUAAUUACGGAUUUACCUAAUACGAGAAAAAGUGUAAUAGACUAUAAGAAUCAAACCAGGUGGCCAGAUUGUCAGAUCCUUUUUGAAAUGGAUCCUACCUACCAAAAUAAAAUUGUGAAUCUCCUGACUAUUAUUGGAAGUUCAAUGGGCCUAGUUAAUGUUUACAGCUGCCAGUUUAUAAAAUAUCGUACCAUGGUAGAGAAGGCCAAAAUAGCAAGUACCGAAAUAGCAUCUUUGGAAAAAUUAAAUUCAACACAGUUUAAAACUCUACUAGCUAAAUUCAGAAACUAUCUUAGGCAGGUUGUCAGUAUGGCCAUCGAGAAGCGCAUUGGCAUUUUCGACGUUUUGAGUUCUGAUUAUCAGUCACAAUGCUUACCAUAUGUCGAGAACAUCAUACAUAUGAUCCACAACCUCUUGAGAUCUGUAAUCGAAAAAAGGCAUGAAAAUCUAUUGCAGGUUGUAGACUCAGCAUUGAAAAAGCUGGAAUGUACUCCCACUGAAAUAGAAGAUUUUGUGGAACAUUUUACUUUUUUGGAUACAGUUUCUUCAAAAAUUUCCAAAUUAGAAAAAGAGUACUCAACAAUUGCUCAGCUAUAUUCUGUUGUAAAGUAUUACCAGAUCCAUAUUUCAGAGGAGCAAAUUGCCGUACAUAAAAUCUUUCUGACCAAGUUUGGUCAACUAAAAACUUGCGUGAAGUUAAGUGAAAGCAAUAAGGAUGCUGCUAUUGCUAAAUUCAGAGACAAUUUGGAAGCACAUAUCACUGGUCUGCGCGUGGAAGUUAGUAAUUUAAAGGCCAAAAUAAGAAAUCCUGUUCUAUUAUGUGCUGGUACUCAAGUGUCAACAGCAAUGGAAAUGAUCCAGAGGCUCUCAGAGGAAGCUGCAAAUUUAGCUAACAAAGCUAAAACAUAUGCAAGCUAUCGGGACUGUUUCGAUGAUGCCCAAUUUCAUCUACAUUCUCUUAGUAUGGAUGAGAUUACCCAGAUUGUGCUUUCAGAGAUCUCUGACAUUGAAUAUGAUUUAACCUUAAGGAAAAUAUUAUGGGAUGCGCAAGAGGAAUGGGGAACACUCUUUUGGGAAUGGAGGAAUAGCGCUCUUCACAGUAUUGAUACGGAAUUAGCAUAUCGAAACGUUUCAAAAUGGAUGCAAAUAAUCUUUGUACUAGAAAAAGGUUUACCUAAAAACGACAUGGUAACACAUCUUAAGCAAUCAGUGACCGAUUUUAAACAAGAGCUGCCUAUCAUCACUGCACUAGGAAAUCCCUGUCUCAAGCCAAGGCAUUGGGAAGCUCUCCAGGAGAUGAUUGGAAAAUCAGUUUCUCUUGAUAAAAACUGUACAGUCGAGAAUCUUCUAGCACUCAAGAUGUUUCAGUAUGAAAAUGCAAUAAAUGAAAUAUCAACCUCAGCAACUAAUGAAGCUGCUCUUGAAAAAAUGCUAUUUAAGAUUAUUGAUCUUUGGAACACGACUCCUUUACAUUUAGUUCUUCAUCACACUGAAAAUUACUCUAUCCUGAUAAUUUCUUCUAUAGAUGACAUUUUAGCUCAGUUGGAAGAGUCUCAAAUCAUAAUUGCAACAAUUAAAGGAUCUUCCUAUCUUGGGCCCAUUAAGGAUCUUGCAGAUCAGUGGGAUCAAACCUUGACUCUCUUCUCGUACAUUCUUGAGGAAUGGAUGAAGUGCCAAAGAAAUUGGCUUUAUCUUGAACCAAUCUUUCGUUCUACAGAAAUAAAAAGCCAGCUCCCAGCAGAAGCAAAACUCUUCUCUCAAGUAAUUACCAUGUGGAGAGAAAUAAUGUUAAAAAUACAAAACAAACUGGACGCUUUGCGAAUAAUCACCUCUACAGGAGUCCUUGAGAUUCUGCAGAAUUGCAAUGUACACCUUGAAUAUAUAAAGAAAAGUCUUGAGGACUAUCUUGAAACUAAAAGAAUGACUUUCCCAAGAUUUUAUUUUCUUAGCAAUGCCGAACUUCUUGAUAUUCUAGCUGAUAGCCACAAUCCUGAGUCUGUACAGCCUCAUCUUGGGAAAUGUUUUGAAAAUGUGAAACAGUUAUUCAUAGGGAAACAAGAAGUUGGCCCUCCUGCUGUGAUAAUGCUCAUAUCUGCUGAAGGAGAGACUCUCGUGCUGCCCAAGAGAAUCCGUUUAAGAAGUGGUGUGGAACAGUGGCUGGUACAUGUAGAGAAGAGCAUGUUUGAUGUGGUAAAAAAAUUUGUAAAUCAAGGAGUUGAAGACUGGUACUAUCAAAAAUUUUCCCUCUGGGUAGUAUCUCAUCCAGGACAAGUGGUACUCACUGUGAGCCAGAUCAUGUUUUACAAUGAUUGUAUCAAAAGUUUUGUGAGUUCUCAUGCAGAAGAAGAGGUGGAAAAAGUCCAUGCAGGUAUAAUACAUCAUCUAGAAGAGGUUGCAGAGCUGGUAGUGCUGGAUUCUAGUAACACUCGAACAAAAGCUGUACUAGGGGCAUUACUUACCCUUUAUGUUCACUGCAGAGAUAUAGUGAGAGAUUUACUACUAAAAAGUAUUUUCAAUGCAGAGGAUUUUGAGUGGACAAGACAUCUGCAGUAUAAAUGGAAUGAAAAACAAAAGUUGUGCUAUGUCUCUCAAGGAGAUGCCAGCUUUACUUAUGGCUACGAGUACUUGGGCUGUACCCCAAGACUGGUUAUUACGCCUCUCACUGACAGAUGCUGGCUCACUCUCACUGGAGCACUACAGUUGAAUCUAGGAGGCUGCCCUGCUGGUCCAGCUGGUACAGGAAAAACUGAGAGUGUCAAAGAUCUAGCAAAGUCCUUAGGCAAACAUUGUGUAGUCUUCAACUGUUUUGAAGAUUUGGAUUAUAAGAUAAUGGGGAAAUUUUUCUUUGGACUGGUUGCGUCAGGAGCUUGGUGUUGUUUCGACGAAUUCAAUCGAAUUGAUGUUGAAGUUCUCUCUGUGAUUGCCUCACAGCUCCUAGCAAUUAAGGCAGCAAAAGACAGCUAUUCUGUCAGGUUUGUACUGGAAGGAAAAGAAAUCCGUAUCAAUAUGUCCUGUGCAGUAUUUGUCACCAUGAAUCCCGGAUACAAAGGUCGACUAGAACUCCCAGAUAACUUAAAAUCUCUUUUUCGCCCGGUGGCAAUGAUGGCUCCGCACUAUCAGAUGAUUGCUGAAGUGAUGCUCUUUUCUGUUGGGUUCAAAUCUGCAAAAUUACUUUCCGGAAAGCUGGUUAACAUUUACAAACUAGCUAGCAAACAACUCUCACAACAGGAUCAUUAUGAUUUUAGCCUGAGGUCUCUGAAGACAAUUUUGGUAAUGGCAGCAAAGAAGAAACGGGAGUUUAAAAGUAACAUCAGUGACAUGUCUGAAACAGAUGAAACUCUGAUAAUUAUCGAAGCUAUGAGAGAAGCUAGUUUGCCAAAAUUUCUUCCUGAAGAUGUCCCACUUUUUGAGAAGAUUAUUGGAGACAUUUUUUAUGGAGCAACAGUUCCAAAAGUAAAUCAAAUUGCCUUGGAGAAAGUAAUAUCUGUUGCAACACAGCAACUGGGCUUUCAACAAUGGCCAACUCAGAAAGAGAGAAUCAUACAGUUUCAUAAUCAGCUUCAGGCUUGUGUUGGUGUGAUGUUAGUGGGCCCAACAGGUGGAGGAAAAACAACAGUCAGAAGAAUUUUAGAAAGAACACUGGUACUCUUACCAGCUGAAGAUUUCAUAUCCCUUGAAGAAAGGGACUCUCUUUCACAGAUUUCAGGACGAAAAGGAAAGGUAGAUGUUUGUGUUUUAAAUCCAAAGUGUGUCACUCUUAGUGAACUAUAUGGAUAUCUGGAUCUUAAUACUAUGGAAUGGACCGAUGGACUAUUAUCAGCAACAAUUAGAAAUUAUGUAUAUUCAAACACUACAAAGUACUCCAAAAAAGACAAUGAUCCUGGACCAAAGUCAAAAAUCUCAGAUUCAGCUAAUGUUUUCAAACUUGAUUCCUCUGAUAUGGCAGAUAUUGAUUAUUGUGUUUUUGAGAAGGAGAUGGAGAAAGAUACUAAAAUUCCAGAAACUCAGAACUUUGAUUGGCAGUGGAUUAUCUUAGAUGGUCCAGUGGAUACCUUUUGGGUAGAAAAUCUAAAUUCUAUGCUGGAUGACACUAGAACGUUGUGCCUGGCAAACAGUGAGAGAAUAGCUUUGACUGAUAAAAUACGAGUGAUUUUUGAGGUGGACAGCCUCCCCCAGGCUAGUCCUGCUAUUGUCAGCCGAUGCGCCAUGGUCUACAUGGAUCCUGUUGACCUGGGAUGGGAGCCUUAUGUUAAGUCAUGGCUUUGGAAAACUUCUAAAAUUAUGCAUAAAUCAGGGGUGGAUUGUCUUGAAUUCAUGAUUAAAAAUAGUGUCACAGAUGGACUACAGUUUAUAAAAAAGCAUCAGAAAUUUCAGCCAUUUCCUGUACAGGACAUAACAGUCGUUACAACCCUCUGCAGAAUUCUUGAUGCGUUCUUUGAAUUCAUGAGUCAAAACGGAGUGCUUGAACAAUAUGAAGAUUUGAAGGACAUUUCAACUGAGGAGACAACUUCACGAUCAAAAAUUUCUUUCAAGUUCAGGGAAGUAGAAAAGAGGGAUGAAAAUCCAUGGCAUCUGGAGAAAAAUCCUCUUAAAUUUAAAAAAAUGAUUCAAAAGCUUUAUGUGUUUGCAUUCACUUGGGCAUUUGGAGGAGCUUUAAAACGUGAAGAUGAACAUGAAGAUGACGUAGUAUUGUGUUCAUGUUCUGAACCUGAUUCUCCUGCAAGAGUAACCUAUGACUUUGACACCCUUGUUCAUGAAUUAUUUGAAGGCAAUUCGCAAAUAGGCAUCAGCCUCCCAACUGGUGAACAUUCUAUCUUUGGGUAUUUUGUGGAUAUACAGCAAUGUGAAUUUAUACCAUGGACAGAAUUACUUCCUAACAUUCAGACACUAAUUCAAAGAGGAACUUCAAUACUACCUGAUCCUCCAGGCUCCAGUGCACACCUCCUGAAGAUAACAGAAUGUGGAGAGAACAUUAAUUACAUCGCUACUAGAGAUACAACGUGCCUUUCUUUUCUCAUAAGCCUUCUUUUAAAGAAUUCCUGCCCUGUACUUCUCACAGGAGACUUUGCUGUUGGGAAAACCACUGCCAUUAAUCAAAUGCUUGAAAAGUUAGAGAGCUCAGGAGCAUUUGAUGUGAAAUAUGGGUCAAUUUUAGGAGAAGUCCUGUUAUAUAACGAAAUUAAAAAAUCAAGGUUCCUGAAACAGAACGUCAGCAUCUUGCUUUCUAAAACUCCUAAGACAGCAUCCGGAACUGUAGAUAGGAUUACCAAAAGGCCAGAAGUUACAACUGGUGAAAGUUCAUUUAAAAAUAAUAAUAAAGGGAUCGUAGUCUCUGCAAUGAAUUUUAACAUCGGUACGACAGCUGCCAAAACGAAGGAGAUGAUCCUUAAGAAGUUAGUAAGAAGAACUAAAGACACGCUUGGAGCACCAAAGAGCAACAGGAUUGUAAUAUUUAUUGAUGAUCUGAAUAUGCCAGAAUCAGAUAUGUAUGGAACCCAGCCACCCCUGGAAUUAAUCAGACAAUUAUUAGAUAUGGGAGGAAUUUACGAUACUGAAAAGAUUGCUUGGAAGAACAUCCAAGAUCUCUCUCUGGUGGCUGCUUGUGUUUCGGCAGGCAGCAGGGGGCAUGUUAGCCCACGUCUGCUCAAACACUUUUCCAUCCUGGUAAUGCCUCAUCUCCCACAAUGUGCCUUACGUACUAUUUUCCAGGUUCAUUUGGGAAUGUAUUUCUCCAUGAAUAACUUCACACCCGAAGUGCAGAAAACUAAGGAUCAAAUAAUAUCUUGUUCUCUAGCUGUGUACUAUCAAGUAUGUCAGAGUAUGCUACCAACUCCGAUGAAAUGUCACUACAUGUUUAAUCUUCGAGAUAUAUUUAAGCUUCUCCUAGGAUUGCUGCAAGCUGACAGGUCUGUUAUUAAUUCCAAAGAGAUGGCAGCUCUGUUCUUUGUUCAUGAAGCCACCCGAGUGUUUCACGAUCGCUUACUUGAACAAACUGAAAAGGGGCGUUUCUAUCAGUUUCUCUCAAAAGAAGUUGAGAAUUAUUUUCAGAUCCUGUGGACCAAAGAAAAACUAAUGAGUGACUCAAUUAUAUUUGUGGAUUUCUUGGAUAUAAACAAACCUCAUAGAAAGAAGAUGUAUCAGAAUACCAAUGACUAUCAUAAACUUGCUGAGAUACUUAAUGAAUUCCAGAUGAAGUUGAAUUCGGCAUCUUUGGAGAUUUCUCACUCCAUGGUAUUCUUCAAGGAAGCCAUAGAACACAUCACAAGAGUGACGAGGGUCCUUCGACAACCAGGAAGUCACAUGUUACUGAUUGGAAUAGAUGGUUGCGGAAAAGAAACUUGUGCGACUUUGGCCUGUUACUUGACAGAAAACAAAGUCUACCGGGUGCCUUUAUCUCACAAUUAUGCAUACAUGGAAUUCAAAGAAGAUUUUAAAAAGGUGUUUAUUCAAACAGGAUUAGAAGGGAGCCCCACUGCUUUGAUAGUUACUAAUUUAAACCUAGAUCAGGGGUUGUUUUUGGAAGAUUUGAACAGCGUUCUCAGUUUGGGAAAAAUACCUGACUUGUUUGAAAGUAAGGAGCUGGACUCGAUUGCACUGAGGAUCAAAUCUUUCGCUGAACAGUCUGGUUAUAUUGAUAAUAGGCAAGCUUUACUGUCAUUCUUCCAAAAGAGGUUACGUAAAAAUCUUCAUAUUCUUAUGACCAUGAGUCCUACAAGACCUAACUUUCACCAGAAUUGUAGACUAUAUCCUUCUUUGAUCAGCGCCUGCACGAUUGAUUGGUACGAGAAGUGGCCAGAAUCAGCUCUCCUGACUGUAGCCAAUUCCUUCUUAAGAGAAAAGGUGGAUUUUGAGAACAGAGAGAACUUAAAAGAAAAACUUGCCCUAACAUGUGUCCAAAUCCACAAAAGUAUAAAAGACUUGAGCAUAAGAUACUUUAAAGAGACGAGAAGGCAUUAUUACAUCAGCCCCAGUAACUACUUGCAAUUCAUGGGUACAUUUGUCCACAUUUUGAAGUCCCGAGAGAAGGAAAUGCAAAAAAAGAGGAAUCAUUUCUAUACAGGUCUAUCCAAGAUCCUGGAAGCAACCACUCUGGUUUCAGAGAUGCAGGAGGAGCUCUUGAUCCUUCACCCUCAAAUAGAACAGAAAACAAAGGAAAAAGAAACCCUAAUGGAAAAACUACAGAAAGAUUCACAAGUAGUUGAGAAAGUUCAGAUGCUUGUUAAACAAGAUGAAGAAAUUAUGGCAGAAGAAGUAAGAAUUGUGGAAGAGUAUGCUCAGAAAACUGACAAGGAAUUAAAAAGUGUACUGCCAGCUGUAGACAAGGCAAUUUUAGCUCUGAAUGCCCUGGAUAAAGCUGAUAUCUCUGAAUUAAGAGUCUAUGCCCGGCCUCCUUUCCUUGUGCUGACUGUGAUGAAUGCAGUUUGUCUUCUUCUGCAAAAGAAACCUAACUGGGCUACCGCCAAGUUACUUCUUUCAGAAACUGGUUUCCUAAAAAAAUUGAUUAACCUUGACAAAGACAGCAUACCUGAGGAGGUUUUCAUAAAGCUGAAAAAAAUUUUAAUCUUACCUGAUUUCAACCCACACAAGAUUGCUCUAGUUUCUCUUGCUUGCUGCUCUAUGUGCCAGUGGGUUAUAGCUUUGAAUAACUACCACGAAGUACAGAAGGUGGUGGGCCCUAAACAAAUCCAAGUGGCUGAAGCUCAAAAUGUCCUACAAAUUGCACGACAAAGGUUGGCUGAAAAACAAAGAGGUUUGCAGCUGGUUCAAGAACAUCUGCAGGUUUUGCAAGCAGCCUACAAAGACAUUGUUGCUGAAAAAGAACUAUUAGCUUAUCGAAGAAAACUGGCCAGCAGGCGCUUGCAGUGUGCAUCUAUCUUACUAACCGCCCUGGAAGAUGAAAAGACUCGAUGGCAAGAAACAAUCGAUCAAAUAGACCACAAGUUGGAAGGAAUCUUGGGUGACAUGCUUAUUUCAGCAGCGUGCAUUGUCUACAGCGGAGUGUUAACAGCAGAAUUUCGCCAGUUGAUUGUGAAUAAAUGGGAGACUCUUUGCACUGAAAACAACAUUUCUUUGUCUCCUAACUUUUCUCUAAUUGAAGUCAUGGCAGAAAAACAUGAGAUCCACCAGUGGCAUCAUCAGGGACUACCUCUUGGUCAGUAUUCAACCGAAAAUGCCAUCUUGAUCAAGAACGGCCUGCAGUGGCCACUGCUGAUUGACCCACAUAAGCAAGCACGCAACUGGAUCCAUCAGAUGGAAGGAUCUAGGCUGCUGGAGCUCUCCACCGAGGACAGCAAUUACAUACAAAAAAUUGAAAAUGCUAUGAAAGUUGGAGGGAGAGUCCUUUUGCAGAACCUCCCCGAAACAUUAGCUCCAAGUUUGAAGGCAAUUUUGAAGAAGGAUACCUAUCAGAAAAGAGGACAAUAUUUCAUAAGGAUUGACGAUUCUGAGCUUGAAUACAAUGCCAAAUUUAGGUUAUAUGUUCGUACAGAACUAGACAACCCAUAUUUUCCUCCAUUCAUUUAUAAUUUUGUUACUGUGAUAAACUUCACAGUAACAUUCCAAGGUUUGCAAGAUCAGCUCUUAUCUACUGUGUUAGCUCAUGAAGUUCCUCAUUUAGAAAGUCAACGUUUCCAGCUCUUGGAGAGUAUUUCCCUUGAUGCUAUGAUUCUUAAAGAACUGGAGCAAAAAACAUUAAAUUUAUUACAGAAUGCACAAGGAUUUAUACUAGAUGAUGAGGAAAUUAUAGAAAUCUUAAGAAAAUCCAAGAUGACUUCAAAUGAAAUUUCAAAGCGAUUCGAAGCAACAAAAAAAGCGGAAAGUGAAAUUGAAGCGACACGGAAACAGUAUCUUCCCAUUGCCACUCGCGGCGCCCUCCUCUACUUCCUCGUGGCUGGUCUUGCCCAAGUCGAUUACAUGUACCAGUUCUCCUUGGACUGGUUUCGUCAAAUUUUUGUUUCCUCAGUGGUUUCCAGAAGCAAAGAGCAAGAACACAGUGUGAAAAGGGAGACAGUAUUUCAGAAGAAAAGACAUGAAGUUAAGCUCUCAAAAGAGCCUAAAUUAGAAAGUGAGAAAAAGCCCUUAGAUGGACAUCUUAAAAAUUCAAUAGACAGGUUGACAAAAAAUAUUUUUCAGGUGGUCUCUUCAGCUCUAUUUAAUGAACAUAAACUUUGCUUCUCCUUCGGGCUUUGCACUGCAAUCAUGAAAAACAAUGCUGAUGGAAAUGUAAUGCAGGAUGACAUGGGAGUCCUACCGGUUGAAGAAUGGCACAUCUUCCUUUAUUCCAGCAUGCUAGUAAAUGUGAAAGGUGUAAUGCCCCAGCCUACACUUAACAGCGUGUAUGAAAUCUGUCGAAACCAACAUCUUCAGUGGGUGUCAGAUUCCAGGUGGAAGCAGUGCCAGUACAUCAGCAGUGAACUAGAACCAUUUUCUCUUCUAUGCAAAUCCCUUCUAUCAAAUGCGUCACAAUGGGAUGCUUUUAAAAACAGUAAGGCGGUAUAUUUGCUCAUGAGCACACCUUUCGCUUCAGCAAAUGCUUCUUUGGAGGAAAAUGACAAUUCACCAGAGAUAACUCAAGCUUUGGAUGAAAAUGAAGAAAUACACAGUUCUAUAAAUUUUCCCUGGGAGAAGCUCACGCCAUUUCAAAGACUUAUUUUGAUAAAAAUUCUUAGACCAGAACGUUUAAGGAAUUCCGUGAAAACAUUUAUAACUGACAAGAUAGGAGAUGAAUAUAUUUGCAGAACUGGAAUUAAUUUGAAAGAGUCGUAUAAAGCAUCCAGUGCCCGAACUCCGCUGGUACUCAUUCAUUCCCAUGGUGUCGACCUCAGCAACACUCUCCUGAAAUUUGCACAAGAGUUAAAAGGGACAACACAUCAUGUGACCAUGAUAUCUUUGGGUCGUGGUCAGGCAGCUAAAGUAGAAGACCUCAUCGUUAAGGCCCUGACCCAAAAGGAACAGUGGGUCUUCCUCCAGAACUGCCACCUUGCAGCAUCGUUUAUGCCGAGGCUCUGUGCUAUUGUGGAAUCAUUUAAUAAUCCAGAUGUAACAAUAGAGCCUGAGUUUAGGCUGUGGUUAAGCUCAAAAUCAGACAAUUCUUUCCCAAUUCCUGUUCUUCAAAGGAGUCUAAAGAUUGCAGUGGAAAAUCCCCAGGGACUGAAAAAUAAUUUACUUGAGACAUUUGGAUAUAGUGGAAGUGGAGAGGUAACAGAAGAGAUACUUGAAAAAUCAGACUGUGGACCGUGGUGGAAAAAACUUUUAUUCAGCUUAUGUUUCUUCAAUGCUCUGAUCAAUGAACGAAAAACGUAUGGAAUAUUGGGCUGGAAUAUUGCAUACGCAUUUAGUUCUUCAGACUUGGAGGUUGCCAUAAAAGUGUUGGCAAAUGCCCUGAGCGCAUGGCCCAGUGUUCCGUGGCAGACCCUGCGCUACCUGCUUGGGGAGGUGGUCUAUGGGGGCCGGGUGACAGACAGCUGGGACAGGCGAUGUUUAAACACCCUUCUCUACAAAUUCUGCAAUCCUACAAUGCUGAAAGAUGAUUUCAAUUUCUCUACUGAUGAGCCAGUGACAACAUCUGGAAGCAUGAAGGAUUACAUACGCAUUAUCCAGUCCUUACCUGACGACGACCCUCCUGAACUCCUAGAAUUACACCCUGAGGCCACAAGGGGCUAUAGGGAGAUCCAAGGCCAGAAGUUCAUUGAUACUCUCAUCGCCAUGCAACCAAGACCCACCACCACCAGCCUCAUGUUCAGGUAAGAACAAAGUGAUGAUAAGCUGGUGAUGGAAAUUUUAGCUGACAUGCUAACGCGGCUGCCACUGUCCGUGGAGAAAGAAGAAUGUGCUGGAACUCCAGGCACAUUGAAGUGUGUCAUGUUCAGCCCCAUUUGGGAGUGUCUCUGUAAAAAUCUCAAAGGCUAUGAUCCCUUCAUCCACUGUGUCUUGCUAACCUUUUUGAUCCAAGAAAUUGAGAGAUUUGAUAAGUUAUUAUGUGUUGUACAUAAAUCUCUGAAAGACCUUCAGCUAGCUGUGAAAGGAGAGAUCAUCCUCAACCAAGAAUUAGAAGAAAUAUAUCACUCUUUUCUUAGCACGAGAGUGCCAGCCUUGUGGCAGAAAUACGCCUACAAGUCAAGUAAACCCCUGGGUUCGUGGGUGAAUGACCUCAUCCAGCGACUGAAUUUCUUUAAUACCUGGGCCAAAAUGGCUCACACGGCGAUACAUCACCGGUAUAUGAGACUCGUCACCACUUGGAAGCACCCUGCCCCGUCACCCAGCCACCACCCCAGACACCCCACUGGGCAGAAGAAUGACUUCUUUGAAGGAUUUCCUGCGCGAUACUGGCUCCCAGCUUUCUUCUUUCCACAAGCCUUUCUCAUCUCGGUUCUCCAAGACUAUGGAAGGGCCCAAGGAAUCUCUACAGACGCCCUCACUUUUACCCACCACGUGAUCUCUGAGCCCACUGACCUCAAAGACGACGAGUUCUCCAUAAUCAUCCAGAAGAAACUCAACAUAGUCAGAAGAGCCUUUAAGGGCAUGGACCCCACAAACAAUGGAGUUCACAUCUUUGGUUUAUUCAUUGAGGGGGCAAGGUGGAAUCAUGAAGAAAAAAUACUGGAAGACUCGCUGCCUUGUGAGAUAUGUUGUGAUUUUCCUGAAAUACACUUCUUGCCAACAAAGAUUUCUACUGAAAGUCCAAAUGCUCCCGAGCAGACGGAGUCCGAACUCUACACCUUUGAAUGCCCAGUCUACCAGACACCUGAAAGGUCAAGGACCUGGACAACUGCUGGCCUAGCCUCAAACUUUUUAACAUCUGUGUAUUUAUCCACAAAGAAACCUCCUAGUCACUGGAUCACACUGCAGGUUGCAUUGCUGUGUGAGAAGGAUGAAAAAUAAAUUUCCAUAACCAACCAUGUCAUUUCUGACUCUAACCAGAAUUUCAUCUUUGAAGACAUUCACGUGUAGGCCGCAUCCUCAUGAAAACAUCUGUGGGUUCAGCCAGACUGGAUGAUGCCAUCCCUUCCUUCCUCCUGCACAUGAAAA